AUGGAACCAACACUUCCGGCUGAUGCCACCCCUGUUUCAGUGCCUGCAGUUGACCUGAUCAUCGAAGGUGAAAUUCGCGAUUUUGCAAUAGCUGACACCACCCACAUCAUCGUUAAACUUCCUUUGGGGAUCCUGAACUCGAUAACGGCAUUUUGCGCCGUGAGCUACAAUCCAAACCAACCACGACUUUUCAAGGAAUUCAUCGGAAAGGCAUUAUCGGAAGAGUUCUUUGGUGACGAGCAGCAACUCCAGUGCAUGAAGUCUAAGCAGAUCAGGAACGUGGAAUACGUUGGAUACAGAAAAGAGACUCCCAUAGAGACUCCUCAAGUCAUCGUGGUGGCUCUCUUGGAACCUGUUCCCGGUCAGAACUUGAAGGCGGUUUGGAAGCCUGCCCCAGAUAUCACACCUGGAAAAAUUCGAGAGCGGGCUAGAAUGAGGGCUAUGGAGAAUUUUGCCAAAGAACAGUACAGGAGAUGGGGGCUACAUGAACUGGACUGA